AUGAUGGAAACACUCAAAUCUGCCCUAAGGAUGAAUCGAGGCGAGGGGGGAUUUGGAGCGCUCGACCUCCUACUGUGCAACCUGCUUCUUCUCGACAGCGUUGGCGAACAUGACGUCCUAGGAGAGUUGGAUGAUGGCGACGUGUCUCUCCUACUGGCACGAGCAAUAAGGAAUUUGGAGCGCUCAGCCUCCUACCGUGCAACCUGCUUCUUCUCGACGUUAUUGAAGAACUCAAUGGAGGCGGGCGUGCUCCAGCAAGGACCAUGGGGUGGCAACGGCGGCAAAACCUGGAAUAUGAGACAGGCGGAUCACAUUAGCAACGUCAAAAUUCAUUACAACGAUGCCGUAUUCGCGUUUGACUUCACCUUCACCGUCGACGGCAAGAAGAAGACCAUCCACGUCGGAGGUGAUGCACCCCAGUACAAUGAGAUUACUCUAGAGGAGGACGAAUACUUCACUUUCAUCUCUGGACAUUUCAAGACGAUGUGGACGACAGACGUUUUCAUAACACAACUUACCCUUGAGACCAACAAGGGCAAUUCUGUGAGCGCCGGCAAUUCGAUUGGCAGUCAUUUCUCCCUAAAUCUAGAGGAUGAGGGUAAGAUUCUAGGCUUCUUCGGACGUGAAGGUUCUACCAUCGAUGCCGUCGAGGGGAGAAUGGUGAAGGUGGGGCCAUGGGGUGGCAACGGAGGGAAUGUGUGGGAUAUGGGACAAGCCGACCACAUUACCAAACUUCGAAUCUAUUACGGAGAUAACAUUGUGGGGUUGGAGAUUACCUACAUUCUUAACGGUAAUUCCCACACCUACAAACGUGGAACCACCACCGGCGCUUCCAAGGAGAUCAUCCUUGAGGAGGACGAGUACUUCACUUCUAUCUCCGGAUACUUUCAUGCAUUAUCCAAUUAUCAGCGACAUGCAAUCGUGAUGUCGCUUACUCUUGAUACUAACAAGGGUGCAUCCAUAAGUGUCGGUAACAAGACUGGCUCUUCUUUCGCCCUUACUUUAGAGGAGGGGAGUAGGAUUCUGGGCUUCUUUGGGCGAGUUGGUACAGCCAUUGACGCUAUUGGGAUUCACUGCUCAUUGCCUAACUAA